GGGACGGAGGACUAUAAAAGCUUGGAACUCGUCUCCAGAUUAAUUUUUCGAGCUCAUUACAGAGGGAGCAAAUUCUGAGGGAUGCCCUUGGUUAAACAUGGACUCGCCUCCAACCUAGAACGGUAGAAACGUCUAAUACAGAAUGGCCUGGCGGUCGAUGGGUUUACUUGGCCCACAUUAUUGAUCUCGCCCAACACUUGUUCAGAAUCAAUCUCGAAUUCCACUGGUAUAUCCGCCACCUAGCGGCAGCGAGAUGAACUACUGGAGAGACGCGGAGCAUGCGCGCUCGGGGACACAGUUUUCUCCCAACGUGUGAUGUAUUUAUUUCAAACACAUGUUGUAGGGAAAUGAUAAUUGCGCGCACCUCAGCCAAACAAUGGCCUUUCUGACGGAUUUUUGGGCGAUAUUUUUCAUCGCCUUUCACAUUUCUGGGGCGUCCAAAACGGGUGAACGGUUCCAGAAUGUGACGGAUACAAUAAAGGGGCUUCUGGAAGGGUAUGAUGUUCGUCUUCGACCAAGUUUCGGAGAAUCACCUCUUAUCAUAGGAAUAGCAGUAAUUAUAGCGAGUUUUGACAGUAUUUCAGAAGUCAACAUGGAUUACACCAUUACCAUGUAUCUAAACCAAUACUGGCGAGAUGACCGCCUCCAGUUUUCGGGAGGCAACGAGAGUAUGACGCUCACGGGAGAAUUUGCCGAGAGGAUAUGGGUACCUGACACGUUUCUGGCCAAUGACAAAAACUCAUAUCUUCAUGAUGUCACCGAAAAAAAUAAAAUGAUUCGUCUCUAUGCCAACGGAUCAAUCGUUUAUGGAAUGAGGUUCACGACAACUCUGGCAUGUAUGAUGGAUUUACAUAAUUAUCCCCUCGACCAGCAAAAGUGUUCAGUUGAGAUUGAAAGUUACGGCUAUGCCGAAGCAGAUGUAGAUCUGAGAUGGCUGAAUGAGAGGGAUGCCGUGUCAGGUGUUGAAAACGUUGAUCUCCCUCAGUUCUCAAUUGUGGAUUACUCCACAGUGGUGUGGGUCGAACGACUGCUAACUGGUAACUACACCCGACUUUCCUUGCACUUCAACCUCCAGCGCAACAUCGGAUACUUCAUCUUCCAGACAUAUCUUCCAUCCAUCCUGAUCGUCAUGUUGUCCUGGGUAUCCUUCUGGAUAAACCACGAGGCCACAUCGGCCAGAGUAGCCUUAGGUAUCACAACUGUGCUCACCAUGACAACCAUAAACAACGGCGUGAGAUCGUCCCUUCCACGUAUCUCGUAUGUCAAGGCUAUUGACAUCUACCUGGUGAUGUGUUUUGUGUUUGUGUUCGCGGCCCUUCUGGAGUACGCUGCGGUCAACUACACAUACUGGGGAGCCCGGGCCAAGAGGAAAGCCAAGCGGCUCAGGGAGAGGUCCUUCAGACAGAAGACUGACGGGGAAGUCAUGAACAACACCUAUGACGCUAUGGAACUGAAGGAGAUCCGGAUGUCCCCUGUCAUGGGGAUCAGAAACAACCAAACCUUCACUGCAGACGUCGAGGCUGAAGGAGCAGAGCCUCCCAAUCUUCGCAUGGCACCUUCAAUUCCAAGAACGUAUGUUUCCCAUGGUUACCUGCCCAGCAAUCUUGUGCGCAGAAGGAAUAGCAACUCCCAGCCAAAGAAGAGGCGCCUCUUUUCAAAUUUCAAGCAAAAGGCGAAGUCCAUCAAGGUGAAAAUACCCAGAGUGCAGGACGUGAACACCAUUGACAAAUAUUCCAGGCUUAUGUUCCCGUUGCUGUUUUUAGCUUUCAACGGCACCUACUGGGUAGUUUACCUUUUCGUGUGACAAUUUGCAUGAUCCUGAUGAAGGUCAGUGGAUGAUGAUGAUGUAGAUGAUGACGACGAUAAUGACGGUGAAGAUGAUGGUGGUGGUGAUGAUGAUGAUGAUGAUGAUGAUGAUGAUGAUGAUGAUGAUGAUGAAUAUUGUUGUCCUUGAUACUCUCGCAUUGAAAGUACCAGAAGAACCCAGGAAGGAUUCAUUUUUGAAGGGUUAGGAUUGUCUCGUGGACCAUUUAGCACCAACGCUCGAAGCGAACUUCAAUCAUAAAACACUGUUUGCUGAGGUUCACCUCGAUGUUUGAGAAGUACUGAUGGAAGAAUGUCACCCACUGUAUUCAGUGAAAGCAAUGAAGAGCCGGCACAAAGGAAGCAUCGUCAGUCGGCUGUAACGGAGUUUCAACAAACAUUAGCCUUCCCAAACACCGGGAGAGUUGUGCUGUACAAAGGAACGACGAUGCCGACGUUAAUCCCAACAACGGCAACUGGAUGAACUCAUGAAUAGGUUUUGGAUCAACGUGUAUCUUGGUGAAGUCUUUAACGAGGAAGUGCUCAUAAUAGGGGGUCUGUAUCACAAUAGUUUCACAGACGUUUCAAAAUGCAUGUGUCGGCAGUUUUAUCAAAAUGUGUGAAUGUAAGAUGUACAUUGUAAAAGGUGUUGCAAUUUCUCCGAUCAAAUAGUCAUUAUGUACAUACUUGCACCAUUGUAUUACGCAUCGUCAUUUUAACAUAAGAAAUUAUAUGUUAUUUCAUUUUAUAUUUAGUUCUAUUUCACAAUUCUACCAACAGUUUUAAUUAUUUGCUUUUUCAAACCAUAAAACUGUAUUUAUUAUUUUGUGCCAUUAAUUCUUUAGUUACCAUACACACCUAAUUUACAUAAUAAUGCCUCCUUUAUAUUUAAUGAAGUCAUUAAUGUAUCAUCAAUGUAAAUACUUCAUUGUCAUGGCGUAUCUUUUAUUUCUGUCAACAACGAUGAUACUGUCAACACGAAACUAUUUCAAUCUUAUUACACACGUGAAAUUGGCAUAUCACCAGGACUGUGAGACUAGAAACUAGAUGUUCAGGUACUAGACAUUUCGUGUAAAUACCAGUGUUAGAACUAUACUGGAUUUUACUUCACUUAGAAGAAGUCACUUUCCAUUAUGCAACGUUCUAAAUAUGUACAUUUAAUAAACAGCACAUGUGCACGAGGUAUAUUAUUCUCCGGCUUAUUGAUUGACAGGUGUACAUAUACCACGCUGCUCAUUGCGCAUGUAUAUUGACAUAUGCUCAUUGAUGUACAUUUCAGUAGGGACCGUCUUCGUAUACGUUAAACUCCAGUUUAUCAGUUACACCGUAUUUCAUAUCUUACCUUUGAUUUUUAAGACUGUUUCAAACCGCUAUAUAAGUCCUAGGCUUGGUUCGCUUGAGAUGAUCUACAGAAAAAUAGUACAAAGCUAAGAAUUAAAAUGCAUGUAUUAUUUUAAAACUGUCUUGCUGUAUAAUAGUGCAUGGCUGUGUACUCUGCUGUUCUACGAGAGGAGUAAGAUAGGUCUUAUUGUAGACAUUUAAUUGUAUUCAAACUCGAAAGAUCGAAUAAAUAUUUUUAUGCAAAAA